AUGCUGUCCGCGUUCUCGUCGUGGUUCGUGAACCCGCGCCGCAACCCGCUGGCCCGCAUCCACAUGCUCACCAUCUCCAACCGCCUCAAGAACUACGGCCUGAGGUACGACGACCUGUAUGACCCCUACUUCGAUCUGGACAUCAAGGAGGCGCUCUGCAGGCUGCCCCGGGAGGUGGUCGACGCCCGCCACCAGCGUCUCAAGCGCGCCAUGGACCUCUCCAUGAAGCACCAGUACCUCCCCGACGACGUCCGGGCACUACAGACACCAUUCAAAAGCUAUUUGAGCGACAUGCUGGCUCUGGCACCAUACAUCGGCGGCUUGCCAGGCCACGAGGCAGAGCAGCGGGUCCGCGCUGAAGACGAGGCCCAACCACCAUACCAAAUUGCCGACACCUCCUCAUCCUGCCGCCAUCACCAUGGAUCUGGUAGCUUAGCUAGCUUGCUAGUACUUGAUUGA